UGUUAUAGAAAAUCAAUAUGUUCAAGUACGCAACCUACUUUUUGUACGCAUUCGUGGCUUCCGAUCUUUUCGGAGCCCAAGCAGCGGAUCAGUGUCCCAAAACUCCAACACUUCGCGGAGAAGUCUGCCUCGUGGAACUAUCGCCAGUGCUUGAGCACAUUGCAAACAACCAGCGCUCUACUGACGAGGUCAAACGGAACGAAACCCAGAAAAAACUAGUCAGGAUUGAAAGUCAGGAAAAAGAUACAGUCGACAAAUUGCAGGCGAUUCAAAAAAAGAUGGAAAUCGAAUUGGGAGCGCUUGAGGCCAAGAUGGCAAUUUCGGGCGAUUUGAAGAGCCUGGAAUUGUCCCUGCAGGAAACAAUAAAAGCUCUCCAGACUUCUAUAGCGAGCAACCGCGUGAAGUCAAAUACUGAAAUUCCUAAGCAAUUUCAGAAGAUUGGCUCGAGGUACUUUUACAUUGAGAAGGAAAAGGGACUUGAUUGGUUUGGUGCGGCCAGCAAAUGCCAUCAGUUAGGUGCUCACCUGGCGACAAUUCAAAAUCAAGUGGAACUGGAUGCCAUUAAUAUGAAAACCUCAUCUAAUGACUAUUGGUUGGACAUUACAGACCUGGCCAAAUCGGGUGAAUUUCUUUCCUUUGCCACGGGAGGCAAACCCCCUUUUUUUAAAUGGGCAAAAAAUAGGCCAGAGGCCAAAAUGAACCAGCGUUGCCUUCAUUUAUUCAAAGGAGAAAUGAAGGAGGGAAUGUGCAGCAAUACUUUUUUUUUCAUUUGCCAAUUAGCCCAAUAAGAUACAGAAAACAGUAUAAUUUUAUUUAAAGCUGUCCUACGAAGCGAUUAAAUAUACGAUGUUUACCUCAUGGCUUCAUUUUUUUUAUUUAUUUAUGUAAUAGACUAAUAAACUGGCCAUGGAAUUUAAA